AUGCGACUCCUUCUGCACUACCUCGUGGCAGGCGCCCUGUUAAGUUUCCAGGGUGCUGCAGCACUUCCACAGGGAAUAAUAACCCCAUCCAGUGUGUCAAGCGCAACAACGGCUACACCCACAGGAACGUCUAUUGCGGAGAAUGAAAGAACAUGUGACUUUCAUACGAUGAACGAUUUCUUCGAUUACACCAAAAAGAACGGUCUAAACAUCACUUUAGAGGUCCAGAACUGCCAGAAUCUAUGUCUUCUCACAUACGGGGUGGGAAACCCUGAUCUUUCUGGGAUCGGCAUGAUGUAUGCAUAUAGCAUACAAACCGGACUCACUAUUCUCGUUGGCCCUGUUUAUCGUAUAUUUUAUCUCGCAUUUGCACCAGCGAGCAGCUUCAUCCGAGAUUUAAAAGACAUUCAAACAAAUUUCUUCUCCUCAAAUGGCUUCUUCGUUGGUUCCUCGGCCAUAGCUACACUCGCAAACCUGUCACAGAACCCAUCCACCUUUGAGAUCGCCGAGAUGCAGGCCAUGGCAUUCCUGCAAGUUAACAGCAUCCUCGUGACCUUCUUCUGCAUGGUAGUCGCGCAACCAAUGUCGCGCUGGGCCGCGCGGGUGUUGCUCUAUUUUAUAGUGUUCGUCCUCGUGGUCGUUGCCCUGGGCCUAUGCCACCUAGGCAGUGACAGCAGAGCAAACUGGAGGCUUGCCUCUGAUGGCUGCGCACACAGCUCAACGGAUUAUAGUGUGAUCAACCCAGUCCCGUAUCCAUCAUGGGCUGUCGCUAUCUUUACCGUCGCGGGUACGAUUGCGUUCUGGCUACAGUCUCUUAAGGAGAAAUUCCAAGCAGACAAGUUACACAAGUCGCUGUUUAGGUUAUUGAUGGCGUUUUGGGUCUUGUUGAUUGGACUCUUGACAGCGGGUAUGGUGGUUGGCCUAACGAUGAUGUGGCGACAACGAAGGCAUCUGCGAAGUUUGGCGAGAGACAAAUUUGAGGAUGAUCAGUGGGGGUUCGGGCAGAUUGCUGCCUUGACAAUCUGGGCGCCAAUAGUGGUCGAAUUGAUCUAUAUUCUGAAUGACUUGGUCCAACGGAAGUCCAAAAGAUGGAAUCGCUGGAAUCAGACCGUUAGUGUUUACUUCUCUCCGAAAGCUUUGCAGGAAGACCAAGCUACACUCAGUUCCAACCCGCAGGCCGAAAUGAAGGAGCAUGGUGCAAGUGGAAGGGCGACCGAGGUUGCUAGUAGCUAA